GCUUUCCAGGAAGUAACAAACGUGUAGCAGCGGAAAGUCGUGUACGGCGACAAACACUCAUUAAAGACAUUCAACUUGUGACAGUUUUUCACCAAAAUGGCUUAUCCAGGAUACGGCGGGCAGUACGGGGGUCCGAUGCCAGGAAUGCCAGCUCAGGGGAUGCCCAUGCAAGGAAUGCCGGGAGGGCACAUGGGAGGCCCCAUGCAGGGGCACAUGGGUGUGCCGAUGGGAGGCGCACCGCCACAGAGGGGGUAUGCCCCCUAUGGUGGAGGCUAUCCAGGCACAUACGGGGCCCCUCCCCCAGCUGCCAAUGAUCCAAUGUGGAGUUACUUCACAGCCAUAGCAGGCCAGGACGGAGAGAUCGAUGCAGAGGAGCUCCAGAGGUGUCUGACCCAGUCUGGUUUCACCGGCAGCUACUCUCCGUUCAGCCUGGAGACGUGCAGGAUCAUGAUCGCAAUGCUUGACAGGGACUUUACAGGGAAGAUGGGCUUCAACGAGUUCAAGGACCUGUUUGCGGCGCUGAGCGGCUGGAAGCAGAACUUCAUGAUGUUCGACCAGGACAGGAGCGGAACGGUGGAACCUCACGAGAUGACUCAGGCAGUCAACGCUAUGGGAUACCGCGUCAGUCCUCAGGGCCUGAAUGCAAUCAUCAAGCGCUACAACAAAGGAGGGAGGAUCUACUUCGACGACUACGUGGCCUGCUGCGUCAAACUGCGAGCUCUCACAGAGAACUUCAGAAGGAGAGACACCAUGCACCAGGGAGCUGUCACCUUCCAGUAUGACGACUUCAUCCUGUGCACAAUGGCCAUCUAAUGUCCGCUGUAUGUCCCACGCCACAAGGUCAGCGUGCCCAACGAGCCGAUCAGUGGUGGAUUCUGGGCCGUCGCCUCAUAGGAAUACAAAAAGGAGGCCAGUAUAUUUGACUGAGCGGCUGCGAGCCGCACCAGGAAAGUACCCAUUGCUUGUAAUGCUUGCCGUAACGCUUUAGUCUUGUAUGUCGCACAGGGACGUGCUGAAGAUGUAUCAGGCGUACACACGUAUAUAUAUCUAUAUAUAUAAAUAUACACAGUAUGUAUCGACAGAAUUAGAAAAAGUAUGUAAACGCGUUCGAGAUGAACACAUAGAGGCUUUAAAGAACGUUGGUUUGUGGAAAAUGUAGUUUUAAUAUUAUGAAACUCCCAAAGUGAAACGAUGCUAAGAGGAUGUUGUGACCUGUGAGACACCUACUGUGCCAUUAUAAUCUCUGAAUGUAUGCUCUAAUAUAUUAAACCCAUUUAUAUAGAAUUUCUUAGUAAUGGCAGCAUCAUAAUUAAUUAAAUGUUAGCAUUUACUGAUAACAUGUUGAUUUGCUUUUAAACUGAACUUCAUCCAGUUACGAAUUUUUGCUAAAAAAAAUUGCGCACUUCUGUUCCAUAAAACGUAUAAAGUUUAGAUGAGCUAGAUGUUUAACUUGUUAACAAGCCAAAGUGACUGUGAGCCGAUGUGAAUCCACACUGAUACCUGUUACUAAUGGUAGUGAGAUAUAAAAGUAUGUUCAUAUGCCUGAACUUUGUUUUCUAUGUUUGCGUACAAACACAGCCAUGUUUUCGUUUGCAAAAACUGUGGUGAAGUCAAUCCGUGCACAAACCCAACAUAUGUAGUAAAGAUCAUAUUUUGUUACUCACAAUAAACACUUUCUAAUCAGUA